GCCUCGCGAGCUUGGCUUGGCCUUCUUUUGUUUCGAGCCACCAUCGCAAUCCAAGCUUCAACCUGCAUCCGCAACUCAAAGUUCCCAAUUCUACUCUUUCUCAACAACCACCACAUCUCGGCGCGCCGCGAACACUCGCGACAUCCCACCGCCAAGAUGCCCAAAUUCUUCUGCGACUACUGCGAUGUCUACCUCACGCACGACUCCAUGAGCGUGCGCAAGGCCCACAACAGCGGCCGCAACCACCUGCGCAACGUCGUCGACUACUACCAACAAAUCGGCCACGAAAAAGCCCAAUCCGUCAUCGACUCCAUCACGUCCUCGUACGCCGCCGAGGGCCAAGCCCACGCCAACCCCAUGCUGCCGCACAACCAGCCCGGCGGCGGCGGCUUCGGCCUCGGCCCCGGCGCGGGGCCCAUGGGAGGAGGUCCACCAGGAGGUCCAGGAGGAGGAGGACCAGGCGGGCCAGGAGGCAUGGGCAUGCCGCCCCCGCUGCCGGGGAUGCCGCCCAUCCCGGGCAUGAUGCCGCCCUUUGGGGCCGGCAUGCCGCCGCCGCCGUUUCCCAUCCCCGGCAUGCCUGGCCUGCCGCCGGGUAUGCCGCCGCCGCCGUUUGGGGCGGGGCCGCCCGGUGCGGGUGGUGGUGGUGGUGGUGGUGGUGGUGCAGGUGGUGGUGCGGGUGGUGCGGGUGCGCCGCCGUUUCCGUUCCCGCCGCCGUUUCCGCCUGGUGGUGGUGCGCCGGCUGGGUCGGGGGCGCCGCCGUUUCCCAUGCCGGGGGCGGGUGGUGCGCCGCCGCCGUUUCCGCCGCCCGGGUUCCCGCCGCCGGGUGCUGGGGGCUUGCCGUUCCCACCGCCUCCGGGCGCGGGUGGGGGGUUUCCUGCGUUUCCGCCGCCGGGGGGGUUUCCGGGGGAGAAGCGGUGAUUUUGGGACGGAGAGGUUUGGUGAUGAUGCCUGUUUAAGGAAGGAGAUGGUAGAGGGGUGGUGAGGUAAUGAGUCGAGUGUGCCUGGGUUGUUGUCAUCAUUGGUCCUGUAACUUUUGCUGUUUUGACAUUCCAUGGGAAGGGACACUGCAACGGCGUAUAGGCGUUUUCGCGGCAAGGGAAGAAAAGGCAGGAAAUUGUUAAAAUACUGUAGAAC